CUCUCUUCCUCCCCUCCUCCUCUCAUCACCUGAUCCUUGCGCUGCCAUUUUGUCUCCUGUAAACCGGAACAGCCCGCGAAAGAGAGCCAUCGAAGGCGGAGGACAGAGACAGCGGCGGCAGCGGGCUCUCAUAUCUCGGCUAAAGCGCGCAGGGAGUAAGCUAGCGCCGGCCGGCUCGUCGGGCAGCUGCUGUUCGCCUGCGUUACGUUCACUUCGCCUGGGUAGUUAGUUAGCAGCAGUCUCGCCCAGCGCUUUUCGCUAGCGGGCUAUCUGGCUAGCGGGCUAUCUGGCUAGCGGGCUAUCUGGCUAGCGGGUUAGCUAGUUAGCUAGCGGGUUAGAUUUAACAAGCCGACGGUGGUGUGAACGUUGACCCGGGGCUGUCAUGUUCUAACGUCGCCCGUCUAGGUAGCGAGGUUACGGUGAAGCCAGUCCUUCCGCUUCAAACCGCUAGGCAGCCGCCGUCUCCGGUGUUAAUGCCGGCUUCUCUCUCUGACGGUCACCGUUACAGAUGUCCUGACUAUUUCUCUGCUGGUUAAACUGCUGAUUACCCGACGCUUUCCAGGCAGUCACUUUUAAAUUAUCAGGCUAACCAGCAAUUGCAGCAGACAGCUAGUUUGCUUCGGGUUUAGUCGUGGACUCGCCUUUCAGGCUUUAGUUUCACUUACUCUAGCUGAGAAAAAACUCUCUUAUAUUCGCCGCAGCAGCCGGCCUGACACCCACUAUCUGCUCCCCACGGUGACGGCCGAAGUAACUAGCCGGGUAGCGCUAGUAGAGACCGGGUUAGCCGGCCGGCCGGUCGCUCCAUCCGCACCGCAUGCUUUCUUGCGCCCUUCGCGCAUCUCAGUGCCUCUUCCUUCGCCUAGAGAAGAAUCGGCAGCCGGCCGCCAGCUGAUCGCCCGGAGCGCUCCUCCAGCACCGAGAUGUCGGGCCAGUCCAUCACCGACCGCAUCACGGCGGCCCAGCACAGCAUGACCGGCUCAUCCCUCGGCAAGGCGGUGUGCAAAGCCACCACGCACGAAGUCAGCGGCCCCAAGAAGAAGCACCUGGACUACCUGAUCCACUGCACCAAUGAGAUGAACGUGAACAUUCCCCAGCUGGCCGACACGCUGUUCGAGAGGACGGCCAACAACAGCUGGGUGGUGGUCUUCAAGUCUCUCAUUACCACGCACCACCUCAUGAUGUACGGCAACGAGCGGUUCAUCCAGUACUUGGCGUCGAGGAACACCCUGUUUAACCUGAACAACUUCCUGGAUAAAGGAGCAUUACAAGGCUACGACAUGUCGACGUUCAUCAGACGCUACAGCAGAUACCUGAAUGAGAAGGCCCUGUCCUACCGACUGGUCGCGGUGGACUUCACCAAGAUGAAGAGGGGUACCGAUGGGGUGAUGCGAACCAUGAACACCGAGAAGCUCAUCAAGACCCUUCCGAUCAUUCAGAACCAGCUAGACGCACUGCUGGACUUCGAGGCCAACCCCAACGAGCUGACCAAUGGCGUCAUCAACGCUGCCUUCAUGCUGCUCUUCAAGGAUUCCAUCCGUCUGUUUGCUGCCUACAACGAGGGUGUCAUUAACUUACUGGAGAAGUACUUUGACAUGAAGAAGAACCAGUGCAAAGAAGCCCUGGAUAUUUAUAAGAAAUUCCUCUAUAGGAUGACCAAGCUGUCAGAGUUUCUCAAAGUGGCCGAGCAAGUUGGAAUUGAUCAGGGUGACAUCCCAGAUCUAACACAGGCCCCCAGCAGCCUCCUGGAAGCCUUGGAGCAGCACCUGGCUUCUUUGGAGGGCAGGAAAACCAAGGAGCUGUCGGCAGCUAGCAAAGCCAGCACCCUGUCCAGCGCUGUGUCCUCGCUGUCCAACACGGGCAUGUCCUUCAGCCGCAUGGAUGAGAAGGAGAAGCAGCAGGCCCUGGAGGAGGAGCAGACCAGGAUGCAGUCCCUCAAGGACCAGCGGCUGAAAGAGAUUGGCAUACAGACCCCGUCGGCGUCCCCUAGCACUCAGUCGAUGGGGAGCGCCAAUGGAAGCACUGUGGGGGUGGACCCCUUCGCCAACCCGGCCCCGGCCCCUGCCGCCAACAGUGUGCCAAACCUCAGCAGUGACCUGUUUGACCUGCAGCCUGCCUUCGUCCCCACAGUGCAGAGCACGCCCGCCAUCUCCACUGUCAGCAGCGCCUGGGGAGGUGUGGAAAUCCAUCCUGUCCAGCAGGCACCCCCAUUGGCCGCAAUGAAUGUAGAUUUUGAUGCUGUGUUCGGGAGUAAAGUUUCCAGUAACGAUGUGAAGCCUGCAUCUGGUUGGCACACAGGAGACCUUCUAAAGCCCACGGUGCCCACGCAGAGUCUGGCCCCCGGCAUGCCCCCGCACCCCGGAGGGAAGCUUCUCGCCAACGACCUCGACUCGUCCUUGGCAAACCUCGUGGGCAACUUGUAUUUCGGAGGGACGCCAGCCAAAAAGCCGGACAUGCAGUGGAACCAGCUUGGUGAGAAGAAGCUGACAGGCGGCACCAACUGGCAGUCCAAGACCAUGAGCACCACCGCCGCCUGGGGCCCCGCACCCAUGGCCCCCGCCCCCAUGCCCGUACCGCCCAUGAAUGGCAUGAUUUACGCUGGUUAUACCCCAGCCCCGAUGCCGUUUCCCAUGACGACACCCCAAGUGCCUGUGUAUGGAAUGAUCCCCCCGCAGAUGGGCCAGAUGGGUGGAGUCCCAGUGAUGGCACCUCAGCCCAUGAUGUACAACCAGCCUGUUCUCAGACCCACCAACCCCUUUGCUUCUAUCCCUGGAGCUCAGAUGCAGUUCAUGUAGUGUCGCGGAUGGGUUUCGCACCGAUGGCAGGAAGAGAAAGAGGAUGGAAAAAGGCGGAGGAAGCAUGACCGGAAAAACCAACAGUGAAUGCAGAAGAGGAUAAAGUGAAGGGGCUGGCAGCGCAUGUGCGUGCAGGCCGGGGCGUGUGUGAGUCCAUGGGUCUCCCCCUGCCCGGCGCAGGGCCUGGACCUGCCCAACGCGGACCCUGCAUCUGAGUGCUCUGCCCCCAUCCAUUUCUGUCCUGCAGAAUGACUGUCGAUUGCCCCAUGCACUGGAUAACCGCUUUUUUCCCUUUGCCUGUUAUAGCCCAUUUUUUAACUGUCUAAGGCAGGUCCAUAGUCAACUUCCUUAACUUCUAAGUGUUUCUAAAGCAUCUGUUACCAAAAUGAUUUCUGUGUCUCUGGUUUGAUUAAGGACUGUGUGUGGAAAGCAGCUAUCCCAGAAUUCCCUGGGCAGCUGUGACCCAGCGUGGCGCCCUCCAUGAGGCCCGGGAGCAGUCGCAGUCGCAGUCGCGUGUUUGUGAUGCGGAGAACCUUCUCUGUGCUCCCGUCGCAUCCCGUGCUCUUUGUUUGCUGGCGUGAGCCCCCAGGGACACGCCUGACCAUGAGCGUGUCCGUUCGUUACUCCCAGUGUUUCUGUAGAGGUGUUUUGUAAAGGGGUGGUCUGUGUUUGUGCGCAUGUGUUAACGUGCUGUGAGUUCUUGCCAUGCAUGCUGCGGGCUGCAUCUGGGGCAGACCAGGCUCGCAGCUGCCUUGUUUACCUAGGCAGCACUUAGCCAGUUUAAGCAAGCUGGUGUUAGCGUUCCACACUUAAUGAUUCACAGAUUUGGGGUGAGUGUAUGAGUGCCUGGGUGCGUGUGGACAGGUUCCUGGACCGGCUGUGCUGAUGUGGGCCGGGCUGCUCCCAUACCUGUCAGUGCCUGACUGGAUGACGACGUCAGCGUCUCUCGAGGGGUGCUGCAUGUUCGAGGGCCGCUGGGCUGGGCCCUGGGCCCCCGGGGUGGACUGUCAUCGUCAUUUGUGUCCCUUACUGUACACCUCUCAGCACAAAACUCUGAAGCUACCAAGUAAUAAGUGAAUAAGUGCACAAAACUCAAUGCCAGUCGCUGGAAUGUAGUGAGCGGAAUUCUUUAUCUGUAUUUCCCUGACACAAAAUAACCAUUGAAAGCACUGUUGUUUUCAGUGAGAAUUAAGAAGUAAUAAUUUAACCAAUUAAUAUGUUGCUUCAAUAAUGAAAACAGGGUAACCUCCCCAGACAAACCUUUGUGCCCCAAAGCCUAACAGGCUGGUUGUUUCUCCCAACAGUUGUAGCCUUGUGUUCUCAUGCCAGUUGUAGUAUAGAGUGAGUAGUCCAGUGCAGUACUCUGUCUAAGCCGUCUCCUGUCUGGUACAUAGUUUUAGAGCCUCCAGGGUCUGGUAGGAAACAUCUCCUUAGGUGACCAUGUUUGUAGGGUAUUCCGUUAGUAUCUCUACACCAAGAUCGUGUCCAUCUCAAUGUCUUUAUGGAAUCCCAGAUCUCGUGUGCUCCUCCUCCUCUCGUUAGAACCUAGAACUCACAUGCGGGAUAAUUUUGUAAAAUUUUUCUUAAAAAUCUGUAUAGUGGUAGUGGUUUGGACCCCUGGAAAGAAGGUUCCUCCUGCCAGCUGCGUCGUGGUGAAGAAAUGCGAUGUGAUUGUUUGGUGUUGGUGGUUGGGCCCAGCUUGCUGUUUCCCCUCUUCUUUCUCAGUUCUCUGUCUUCAUCAUGCACGUGUUGAGGGCUCGUCCGCGUUCUAGGUGUUGCACGGAACUUGUUUGGCAAGCAUUAGGUAGAGAGAGACAGUCAUUGCUUUGAAGGAACAGUCUGUCUGAAUGCACAUUCAAUGUUUAGGUUUUUUUCCUGUUUAAUUGCACCCUCAGAAGCAUGAACUUGUAUGCAAUGAAUGUUAUAUCAUGGAUCAUUUGUCAUUUGGCCUGCCCUGGGGAUGCAGGCCUGUCUGUAUUAUCUAGGUGAAGCUCCCACGGCUCACUGGUGAGCUUGGAAAAUGUCUCUUUGGGGAAACUAAAUGUUGUGUAAUCUGACCAUACACAUUCCUGUGUGUCUCACAGUAGUUUUCUAAAACCAUUUGUACCACAGUAAUUUGAAAUAGUGCUCUGUUUGCCAGUAUAACAUUAGCAUCUGUAGCGCCCUCUGGUGACCGAGUGUCCUUCAUUGUCCCCUGUCAUGAUGUCUUGGGUCCCCUUGCUGCUGCUCCUGUGCAGUUUUUUGCUGGCGUCUGCCAGGCCAGGCGGCAGCAUUCAGAAGUAAAUUUCAGCGUAAGUCGGGGCAGACCACACCGAUGGGGGCAGAUCCUGGGUGGAAUCGUGCCGGGGGGGGGGGCUCCCCAGCGAUUCGUCAUCAGGGAAUAAGAGUAUCUAUUUUUGCUUUGUUUUUUUUUUUAAAGGUCAGUGUCAAACAGUGGACAGCUGCCUCACCUACUCUCGGUAUAUGUGUGUGUGUGUGUGUGUGUGUGUGUGUGUGUGUGUGUGUGUGUGUGUGUGUAUGUAUGUAUA